AUGGAUCUACUCGACUCAAUCCUCAAUUCCAUGCAAAAGCCUCCAUCGGCUAGCGAAGCCCAGAAAACUGCCAUGCGCAAACAAAAAGAGGCAAUGGAAAACAGACAGAAAGAGGAACGGAAUAUGAUAAACAGAUUCAGAAAACGUGUCGAAGAGAAAAUAAGCAAUUUCAUAAAAGACGGUAAAAAACCACAUCUACAAUUUGAACCUAUGGAACAGAUGUAUAGGUCUAUUAUCAGAGAUGUAUCAGAAAUCGCUGGUUUACAAGUCUUCUCGUUUGGCCAAGAAGGUAUAGACCGGUAUUCUGUGGUGUACUUCAAAGAUAAUGGCCCUUCUGAAGAUGAACUGACAGUACGUAGAGCCGGUGGAGUGUGGAGUGAAGACAAAGCAGCUGAAAUGGCUUUAGCACAUUUUGAAAAACAGAAGCAAGCAGCUCUAGAUUUAGAAGAAGAGAAAAAUAGGAAACGGAAGCGUGGUCAGGAGGAAUUGAGUGGUACAUUCUAUAAACAGAAGUAUGCUCACUUGAUUGGUCAAGAGGCUGCUAUCGAUGCUGCCCAAAAAACGAAUGUUAACAAGAGUUAUGGAGAAGUUCCUAGUGAGAAUAAGAAAGAUCAACGGUCUAUCGAACAGACUAUGGCUGAUAUAAAAGCGAAGAAAUUGAAGAAAGCGGAGACUGAGAAAAGGGAUGCGGAUAGCAGUGAACAAAUUUAG